AUGUCUGGCCAGCGCUUCGAGACCCUGCAGCUGCAUGCUGGCCAGGAACCUGACCCGGCCACAAACGCGCGCGCUGUCCCCAUCUAUGCUACUACGUCUUUCGUCUUCAACGACUCUGCCCAUGGCGCGAGACUAUUCGGCCUCAAGGAAUUCGGCAACAUCUACUCGCGGAUCAUGAACCCCACUGUCGACGUCUUCGAGAAAAGAAUCGCAGCUCUCGAAGGCGGCGUCGCUGCCGUGGCCGCGUCUUCAGGCCAGGCCGCGCAGUUCCUCACCUUUACAGCCCUAGCUCAUGCCGGCGACAACAUCGUCGCGACGAGCAACCUCUACGGCGGCACCUAUAACCAGCUCAAGGUCUUCCUGCCGCGUCUGGGCAUCCAGACCAAGUUCGUCCAGGGCGAUAAUGCCGCUGAUAUUGCCGCCGCGAUUGAUGACCGUACCAAGGCUGUCUUUGUAGAGACUAUUGGCAAUCCGCGCUAUAACGUGCCUGAUUUUGAGGCUAUUGCAAAGGCUGCGCAUGACAAGGGUGUUCCUUUGGUGCCGACAACUCAGGUCGACAACACCUUCGGCGCUGGAGGCUACUUUACGCGCCCCAUCGAGCACGGUGCCGACAUCGUCGUGCACAGCGCCACGAAAUGGAUUGGCGGCCACGGCACCACCAUCGGCGGCGUGGUCGUCGACAGCGGGAAAUUCGACUGGGGUAAACACGCAGCUCGAUUCCCGCAAUUCAACGAGCCUUCCGAGGGCUACCACGGCCUCAAGUUCUGGGAGACCUUUGGCCCCAUCACAUUCGCAAUCCGCGUGCGCGUCGAGAUUCUGCGGGACUUGGGUUCGACGCUGAACCCAUUCGCGGCUCAGCAGCUUUUGCUGGGGUUGGAGACGUUGAGUCUGCGCGCCGAACGCCAUGCGAGCAAUGCGUUGACGCUGGCGCGCUGGCUAGAGAAGAAUGAGAAUGUCGCGUGGGUGUCGUAUCCGGGACUGGAGAGUCAUGCUAGCCAUGAGACGGCUAAGAAGUAUCUGCCUCGUGGGUUUGGUGGUGUUUUGUCCUUUGGCGUCAAGGGCAAUGCGGAUGCUGGAAGUCAGGUCGUUGAUGGCUUCAAGCUGAUUUCGAAUCUUGCCAACGUGGGCGACUCGAAAACUCUCGCAAUUCACCCCUGGUCCACAACGCACGAACAGCUCUCGGAAGAAGAGCGCAUAGCGUCUGGUGUCACUGAAGAUGCUAUUCGGAUCUCCGUGGGAACCGAGCAUAUCGACGACAUCAUUGCGGACUUUGAGCAGUCCUUCAACGCUCUUCGUGCUGCUUAG